CACGCAGUAAGCUCUCCCUCGCGACCAGCAUAGUCGAGCCCAGUCCAGUUCAACCCUUCAAACCGAGCAAAAACCGAAACCCCUAAGCAACCAAAAUGUCCAUCCGCACCCUCUCAGAAACAGACUUCGACGCGCCGGACCUAAAACGCGCGCGCCCGGGGACCGCACAUCCCUCGCAGACGCUCUGCCACGACUGGAUGAUCGUCUCCGGAAACUGCCACUACGCGCGGGAUCGCGCGGCGUUCACGAGCUACCGGCCCGUGAACGUGUGUCUGAAGCACAACGUCUUCAAUCCGACGGACGAGCUGCAGGUUGCAGGUGUGGGUACGGUGGCGUUGCGGGUGUUGCGGACGGUGGAUGCUGCUGCCGCUGCAUCUUCAGGAAUGAUAACAAUGGGGGAGGGGACAGAUGGGGCAGUGGAACACACGCUUGUUCUCGAAAAUGUGCUGCAUAUCCCUGAGGCGGUCUGCAAUGGGUUCAAUCCCCUGCUGUAUGGGAGCAGUAUGUCGUGUGGAGCGGAGGCGUGGACGGGGGCGGACCGUGGCGGGGUGCCGCUGUGGGUUGCGCUGCCGUUUGCGGGCGGGUCGAGGUUGGUUUUGGCUGGGCAUAAAGAGAAGCAGGGGGUGUCGGAGUUGAUUGCCGGGCGGUAUUAUACGUUGAGUCUGUAUGUUAGUGCCGAGGAGAAGGCGGAGUUGGGGGUUUGAUUCAUUUUCUUUUGGUCCGGGGGGAGAAGGAUGGGUAUGGAAA